AUGACCACGGUAUCCAUGGAGCCCCUGCUGGUCCUGAUGGAGCUGAUCCCCAACGCCACCGACCCGCCUUUAGACUCCACCCCUUCCUCUCCCGAAGACACCGCCGCCACCUUCACAAUAGGCUGUAUUCUCUCCCUCAUGUGUCUGGUCGGCGUCUCCGGAAACAUCUACACCCUCGUGGUCAUGUGUCAAUCCAUGCGUUUCGCGGCGUCCAUGUAUAUUUACAUCAUCAACUUAGCCCUGGCUGACCUCCUCUAUCUGUUGACCAUUCCGUUCGUGGUCUGCACGUACUUCCUGAAAGGUUGGUAUUUUGGCGAUGCUGGGUGCAGGAUUUUAAUCAGCAUGGAUUUUCUGACGAUGCACGCCAGCAUUUUCACGCUGACCAUCAUGAGCACGGAGAGAUACUUUGCCGUGCUGAAACCGCUGGACACAGUCAAGCGGUCCAAGAGCUACCGCAAAGCCAUUGCGGUGCUUGUAUGGGUGGCUUCCCUGGUCCUGACUUUACCCAUGAUUCUCAGUAUUCAGAUGAUGAAGGUGGGGAGCAAGGCCAUGUGCCAGCCGACUAUCUCACCGCUGUCCUAUAAGGUGUACAUCACCUUCCUGUUCUGUACCAGCAUUGUGGCUCCGGGGAUGAUCAUUGGCUUUCUCUACAUCGGGCUGGCUCGUACCUACUGGAUCUCACAGACAGAAACCUUCAAACAGACCAAGAAACUACCCAACCAAAAGGUCCUCUAUCUGAUCUUCACCAUUGUACUGCUGUUCUGGGCCUGUUUCCUGCCCUUCUGGAUCUGGCAGCUCCUGGGUCAGUUCCAGCCCUCCAUCCAUCUCUCCACCAAGUCCAAGCGCAACAUCAACUACUUGACCACCUGYCUCACCUACUCCAACAGCUGCAUCAACCCUUUCCUCUACACGCUGCUCACCAAGAACUACAAGGAGUACCUGCGGAAGCGCCAGCGCACCUGGACCGCGGGUAGCUACUUCAACCGAUGGAACCGGUUCCAGCGAUCACCCAGGAGGUCGCUGUCCUCCAGCAGCCAGCAGUGCACGGAGAGCUUCGUGCUCACGCACACGCCGUCUCUGCGCACCACGCACAACAGCAGCCUGUGAGGUAUAGGAGAAGAUGUUUCUGGUCUUGGUCUUAUCGUGACAUUAUCUCCACAUGUCUGCUACCCAUUUACGGUGACGUACAGAUGAUCGGAUCUUAACUUAAUCACMGAGAAUUUUGCWKAUGCACCAGGAAAUUMWAAUUAGCCUCGUGAUUGGCUGAAWAUGAGCAGUUCUCUUUCUCUCCACGCGGGGCAGUUGAGUCAUUGGGAUCAGGGCUUGCUAUCAAAAUUACGUUAUCUCUCACUCGCUCAAACUCUAGGCCUAGGUCUCAUUGCUUCAACAUUAAAAUGUAAAAAAGGUAUCUGAAAUGCAGCCAUACACAUAAACAACUGUUGUUUUAUACAGCUUCAUAACACAAGAUAGAUAUUGCUCUCCAUUAGGCUACGACAUACACGUGUCUAGUGUAUCCGAAAGAUACAAAUGAACUCAGCCGUGGCCUGGUCUAGAGGUUAAGGUUGCUGCCUUCAGUAUACAGGUUUUCCAUGUCGAUUCUGGCCCAUUCCCUUCUGGUAGAAAUAACUCGAUCCCCCAAAUAACUUGAUCUAGUUACAUAUUUCGAAUAUGGACAGUCYAGGGUUAUUUUCAACAACAACAAAAUUGUCACGUGCGGCGAAUACAAAAGGUUUAGACAUUACCGUGAAAUUAUUACCUGUGACCCCUUUCCGAAUGAUGCAGAGUUAAAAAGUAAGAAUAAAAGUGUUUUGCAAAUGAGCUCUAAAAAAAAUAUAUAAUAUCACAAAAAAAUAACAAUAAUGAGUACCGGUA